UUUGAUACAUUCUACCAUUUUGAUUGUGAAAUGCUCAUAGUAUAAAAUAAAUGCUUGAAAAUUUUUGUGGUGAUUGUGGACUGGUUGAUGGAGAUUUACAUGUAAAUUCCAUGAAUUUUUGAUACCUGAUCAUUGAGUUAUGAAUUUUGGAACUUAGGUGUGACAAUUUGUGUCACACCUCAUUAUGUCAACUUGCUGGAUUUGUUUGAAUGACCUAGGCUUGUUAGAAUGAUGUGAAAUUUUGCAUGGAUAUUCAUUAACAUGUUGAGAUGCUAUGUGUAUUUUUCUGGAUUUUUCCAUUGUAUUUUCAAAUUGAUUGCUAUUUUUCAUCUCUGUUGGUCAAAUGUGCAAGCUUGUGUGACAUAGGUUGGUAGAUCUUAUGUGAAAUGCUCAUAUGGUAUUGAAUGAACAUGAAAUUUGGCUUGCUGGUUAUAGACACAUGAUAGAACAUCCCUGUUUUGGUCCCAUCCAUUUCUUUAUUGUUUUCAUGGAUUUAUGAAUUUUUGAAAUGAAUGCAUAUGUUGAUGUUGUGAUUUGGAGCAUGUAAUUGUGUCUGUUUUUGUUGAUUUUCAUUGACAUGGUUCCCUUUGUCCAAUUAAGCUAAAAUUUAACAUGCUGGACCUUGAUUAUGUCCUGUUUAGGUAUAAUUUAUUUGAGAUUUUUUGGAUUUGUUUUGAUAUGGAUUUGAAUGCAAUAGUUCUGUUUGGAUGUUUGGUGUUCCAUUUGAACUAGUUUGACUCGUUUUAUGCAUAAAAUGAACAUGAUGAAUGAUAUGGACAUGGGACUAGUUGUGUUGGCUCUUGUUUGACAUUAAUUUGAGUUUGGUUAGAGAUCCCUUGCUGUUUAGACAUUUUUGUCACCUUUGGACCCUAGGCUUGGCCUAGUGGUCUAGUUUCUAACAUUUGAUUGAUUUUUCAGGAUGAAAAGGUGCAAUGUGUAUGGAGAAUGAUCCAAGUCAAUUCAAUUGAUGUUGUUUGAUGUUUGUACACUAACAUAACUUUGUUUUGUAGGUUGUGAAGUUUGGGCUUGAGCUCAUAGCUUGCCUUUGUUGUGAAUUAGUUUGUAUAGUCUGACUGAUUAAUACUUGCUGUUUAUUUUUGUCUGUCUGAGUACUAACUGUGUUUGACUGUUUCCAGGUACUUUUAGUUGCUCAGUUCCUUGUGAACUUUUGCUUUGCUUUGCUUAAGCAACUUGCAUUGAGGUGUCGACCGGUGCGCAUAGCUCGUUUGCUCAGAUAUCCUGCUAGGGGCAACAAAUCCAAACUGAUGGAUCCUCCCAACACCGACAUCCUCGAACUGAAAGAGAUGGUGAGGGAUUUGUUCAGGGUUGUGCAAGGGCUUGCCUUGGGGCAGAAAGCCAUGGCCGAGAGAUUAGAAAGGAUUGAGGGCUGGAUGAUCAAGGAGAAAGUUCAGGGAAAGGCUCCGUCAUCCGAAGUAACAAAUCCCUCUGGCUCUGUAGUGAAGAAAUCCCUUGACAGUGGUCAGCCCAAGAAGAAGGUUGAAUCAGGUGGUGCGCAGACUAAAAGAGAAUGCGGUAAGGAUCGCUAUCACCCUUAUGCUGCCACUGCAACCAUUCCUGUUGGUGGUUCGUCUGCACCACCAAGACAUCCGUCACCUCGCCCGGGAGCGCAGAGAGCUGGGGAUCAGGUAAGAGGAAAGGGGGUUGAUCGUCAAUUUGAUAGGCCACCCAUACCGUAUGCUCUUCUGUUGAGGAAGUUGAAAGAUCUCGGAAUGGUACAAAUGAGGACCUUAGCUCCAUUAGAACCUGAUCAGAGGCCAACUAAUUAUGAUGAAAAUGCCAAGUGCGGAUUCCAUUCGGGGGCGUCUGGGCAUAACCUUGAGGGUUGUAGAGCUUUUAAGCAUACUGUCCAAGACCUGGUGGAUUCCAAGGCCAUUAAUUUUGCACAAUUUCCCAAUGUUAAUGCUAAUCACAUGCCCGCGCAUGGUGAGGUGGAGAUGAAUGCAAUUUCUGGGGAUAGGAAGACGAUUGGGUUGGUGAAUGAGGAUCGGUUAAAAGUGCCGAGGCCUGUGGCCCCAAAACCUCGGAGGAAAGAGGGAUCUUUCCCUAGUGUUGAUACUUGUUGUAUGGCUGUCGCCACGGAGGGUUGUGUAUUGAUGGGGGAUAUGACCCAGAAGAUGAAGGAAAUUGACGGUGGAAAAUUUGAAACACUCAGUCUGAUAGCUGAAACCGUCAAGGUGGAAAAUGACAUUGGUGUUGGAAAAGAGAAGAAACCGUCCGUGUCUUCUUAUAAACAGGCACUGGAGAUGUUGAGAAAUGGAGGGAUCCCAGGCUGGGGACAAAUCAUAGGCAUUGUGGUAAAGGCGGAUAUGUUUGGGAUUGGUUAUCAUCUAGGUCAAGACUCGUCUGAGCAGAAUAGAGGACGUCGUCCGUCGUUCACCUUUGUCAGUGCCGGAAUGCUAGAUCCAGGUCACGCCUAUGCAGGGGAUAAAGAGAUCAACAGUGACUGGGAGAUUGAUCAAUGGAUAAAAUCGUGCGUACCAGGAAGCUGGAAGGCUUAAAAAGAUCAGCACUGACACUCGUCCGGAAGAGUAAUAUUUCUUGUUUUCAGUCUUAUCUGCAUGAAAGCCAUACGUGUUGCCCGACACGUAAUGGUCCAUUGUAAGGGCCACCUCAUGUUUAAAUUUGCAUUUUCUGCAUCAUUAAUAAAUGGAUGUUUUUCAGUCAAAAAGCGGUGUUCCCUGUUUUUCAUUUAUUUUUGCAGUUUAAAAACAAAUAAAAAUGGCAAUGUUUAUUUUUCAUUUUUUUCCUUUUUGAUUUGUCUCGUUCCGAAUUCAAAAAUAAUUCUCCGGAUCUCGUUGAUAACAAUUUGGUUACACCUCUGUAUGACUUCGACAAACCGAUAUCUCAUGCCGAAGAAGAAGGCGAAGAAGAUUGUGAUCUGCUGGAAUUAGCCAGGUUGUUGAAACA